UGGAGCUGGACGAUUUUGCUAAUCUAUUAUUAAUUGUAUGUAUUAGCCUAUUUUAUAUAAAAUUAUUAGUUUUUACGUUUGGAAAUUUCACACACAGGCCUGAAUGCACACACUUGCAUACCUCCUGCUCUCAUUUCAAAGGUCAGAGGCACAUUUUUUUGCAGGGGAUGCUGGUGUGGACGGGUUGAUCCACUGAUCGCAGGUAUUGUGGCUGGAGGAGGAAGCAAAGGCCGCAGAGAAGUAAUCAUCGGUCCGGUACUAAAACAUUAUUUACUCACUGUAAAUAUCUGUUGAGGCAGCAUUUUUUAUAUUUUUUUAAGUAUGUGCAUGGAGUGAAAGCCCUGCAGUUUUUUUUUUUUUUUUUCUUCGUGAUUUCAUUCAUCAGCUGCAUCGUGCGCGUCGGUGCGCCUCACUGACCCACAGUCGUCUCAUCUCUGUCGGAUCAUGUGGAUUAUUUGGGCGUUUAUUCUGGCAGCGGCGGGUCCUGAUAGGUGCUGGGGAUGUCAGCUGCCCCGCGACUGGAGACCGCAGACAGAAGCGUGCCGUGCCGAGCUAGCGGAGAUCAUAGUCUUUGCCAAGGUGUUGGCACUGCACAAGGAGUCUUACAAUGUGUAUAACGACCUGCCGUCCGACACUGAGCUGCUUUUCUCCGCCGAGAUUGAGCUGCUGUGCGACCAGGCGUGGGGCAGCAUGCUGGAGGUCCCCGCCGGCUCCAGGUUCAAUGUCACCGGCAUGGGCUACUUCACCUGCUUCUCCUACAGUGUCACCAAAAACAACAACUACUACUUCUUUCUAAGGAUGGAUGAGAACUACAACAUUAUGCCUCAUGGAGUGAACUUCCAGGACCCCAUCUUCCCCGACACUGCAGAUAACCACCGCAUGUUUGCCAGCCUUUUCCAAUUUGCCAACUGCACGUCUGGUACCCAGGUUCACAGUUACGCCCCGGAGUGGGAGGCUCAGGAAGAUAGCCGGUUGUUGUGCUCUGCGGUGCAGAAGGCUCUGUUUGAGGAAGAGGAGAGGGUCUGGACUCUCUCCCAGAAGGUGCGCUCCUUGGAGAAAGCCAACGACCACCUGAGGGAAAAGGUGAAGACCAUGAAACGUCUGCUACGCCAGGCCCAACGAGAAACAACAAAGGAGCAGCAGAUCCUUAGCCUCAAACAGCUCUACGAGUCAAAGACGGCCCAAACUCACCCUGAUCAGGACACUACCCAGGACCAGAGGAACCAGCCGCUAAAAAAGGCCCUCUCCAGGAAGCUAAAAAACUAGAGUACAAACAGUGGCAAUUGUAAUUGCAUUACAUUCUCCAUGUCUUCAACUUAAUGACAGUAAUAAGCUUACUUCAAAAGGAACAUACCAAGUUUCAAGAAACUUCACCUGCACAACCAAAUUUGGUCAUUUUGUUUGUCCAGUUUUAUUUCCUGGUAAAAUUGAAUUGUGCCUUUGAGACUGUCACCUACAAAGAGAGCACAUCUACUAUUUACAUCCUUAUCCAUAUACUAAGUACUCUGUGUGUGUGUGUGUGUGUGUGUGUGUGUGUGUGU